AUGGCUCGUACGAGGGGCAAGAGUCCCCAACCGCCAGUCAAGGCCCCGACGCCUGUGACCGAGAAGCAGCAACCUUUUGCAGCUCCUCCUCCUCAGCCCCAGACCACUGCUGUCACCACCAAGUCCAAGCCCAAGAAUAAGAACACCAAGAAUACUUCGUACAAGUCCGACGGUGUUGAGGACAACGAUGUCUUCCUCCUUCCCGUCUCCGACUACUGGGUAGCCCUGGCCCUCAUCCUCGUUGCUACCAUUGUUCGCGUGUAUAAAAUCUAUCAGCCCACCAGCGUUGUCUUCGACGAGGUCCAUUUCGGUGGUUUUGCUACAAAGUAUAUCAAGGGCAAGUUCUUCAUGGACGUUCACCCUCCUCUGGCCAAGAUGCUUAUUGCCCUUACCGGAUGGCUCGCUGGUUUCGACGGAAGCUUCGACUUCAAGGAGAUCGGCAAGGACUACAUUGAACCUGGUGUUCCCUAUGUUGCGAUGCGAAUGUUCCCUGCUAUCUGCGGUAUUCUCUUGGUUCCCUGCAUGUUCUUCACUCUGAAGGCUGUCGGUUGCCGCACAAUGACUGCUACCAUGGGAGCUGGCCUGAUCAUUUUCGAGAACGGUCUUCUUACCCAGGCUCGUCUCAUCCUCCUCGAUUCGCCCCUUGUCGCCGCGACCGCUUUCACCGUCCUCGCCUUUUCUUGCUUCACCAACCAGCACGAGCUUGGCCCUUCCAAGGCCUUCCAACUGAGCUGGUGGUUCUGGCUUGUUCUUACUGGCCUUGGUCUGGGUAUCACCGUCAGCAUCAAGUGGGUUGGACUCUUCACCAUUGCUUGGGUUGGCUCCCUCACUCUUCUUCAACUCUGGGUCCUUCUUGGUGACAACAAGAACGUGUCCAUGCGUCUUUUCACUAAGCACUUCAUGGCUCGUGUCUUCUGUCUUAUCGUCAUUCCUCUCACCUUCUACAUGGCCAUGUUCGCCAUUCACUUCGUCUGCCUCAAGAACCCUGGUGACGGUGAUGGCUUCAUGAGCUCCGAGUUCCAGGCCACCCUCAACAACAAGCGUAUGAAGGAUGUCCCCGCCGAUGUCAUCAUGGGCAGCCGUGUCACCAUCCGCCAUGUCAACACUCAGGGUGGCUACCUCCACUCUCAUCCUCUCAUGUACCCUACCGGUAGCAAGCAGCAACAGAUCACCCUGUACCCUCACAAGGACGACAACAACGUGUGGCUUCUUGAAAACCAGACUCAGCCUCUUGGAAUCGAUGGCCAGCCUAUCAACGGCACCAAGGCCUGGGAUGCCCUUCCUGAGCCUCAGUACAUCACCGACGGUACCGUCCUUCGUCUUUACCAUGGUCCCACUCAUCGCCGCCUUCACUCUCAUGAUGUUCGCCCCCCUAUCACUGAGGCUGACUGGCAAAACGAGGUUUCUGCCUACGGUUACGAAGGAUUUGAAGGAGAUGCCAAUGAUUUCUUCCGUGUCGAGAUUGUGAAGAAGAAGACAUAUGGAUCUGUCGCAAAGGAACGUCUCCGUACCAUUGAGUCUAAGUUCCGCCUUGUUCACGUCAUGACUGGCUGUGUUCUGUUCUCCCACAAGGUCAAGCUCCCCGAUUGGGCCUCUGAACAACAGGAGGUUACAUGUGCCCGAGGUGGAACUCUUCCCAACAGUCUGUGGUAUAUCGAGGGCAACUCUCACCCCCAGUUGCAAGGCGAUGUCGAGAAGGUCAACUAUCGCAAUCCUGGUUUCUUUGGCAAGUUCUGGGAGCUUCAGAAGGUUAUGUGGCGAACAAACGCCGGUCUCACUGACUCUCACGCCUGGGAUUCUCGCCCCGAGUCGUGGCCCAUUCUCCGCCGUGGUAUCAACUUCUGGGGUCGCCAGCAUAAGCAGGUUUACCUCCUCGGAAACCCCAUCAUCUGGUGGUCUUCCAGCGUUGCCGUCGCCAUCUGGGUCGUCUUCAAGGCCAUUGCUGUUCUCCGCUGGCAGCGCAGCUGCAACGAUUACUCCAACACCACUUUCAAGCGAUUCGACUACGAGAUUGGUACUUCAGUUCUCGGCUGGGCUUUGCAUUACUUCCCCUUCUACCUGAUGAAGCGUCAACUUUUCCUCCAUCACUAUUUCCCUGCUCUCUACUUUGCGAUCAUUGCUUUGUGCCAGGUCUUUGACUACGCCACUGCCCGCAUCCCUGGAGCUGGCGCCCGGGAUACCGCUUUGAUCAACCGCAUUGCUACUGUCUCGUUCCUUGUCCUGUCGACCGCUGUCUUCAUGCUCUACUCUCCUCUGGCCUACGGAAGCCCUUGGACCAAGGCCGACUGCAAGCGCAUGAAGCUUUUCAACAGUUGGGACUUUGACUGCAACACCUUUUAUGAUAGCUAUGACAAGUACAGCGAGGUCCCCUCCAUUAGCUCGUCUGUAGUCCCUACCACCUCAGCAGCCAAGGGCGUUGAGCCCAAGCAGGAGGCCCCUGUCCCCCAGAAGCAGGAAGAGGCUGUCAUCUCUGGAGCUCCUCCUGCUCCUGAUCAGGCCCAGGUUGAGCACAGAGUCGUUGCCAAGGAGGAGAAGGUCGAGUACCGUGACCAGGAUGGUAACCUUCUCGACCCUGAGGAGGUCAAGGCUCUUGAGGGCAAGGUUGAGUUCAAGACCAAGUACGAGACCAAGACACGCGUUGUUGAUGAGCAGGGCAACGAAGUUCAAGAGCCUGCUGAGGGCUGGGACCAGAACCUCGCUGGUGUUGCUCCUCCUCACCCCGAUGUCGAGGGUGUCAACAGCGAGACUGUUCAGAGUAAGGAUGAAGGUGCCGCCGCUCCUCAGGAUGUGGCUGCCAGCAAGGACGGUGAGAAGGAGGCUGAAGAGGCCAAGGCUAAGCCUGCCAGUGAGAACCAGCAGGAUGCCACCGUUAAGGAAGAGCUGUAG